AGACAGUGGCAUUUACGCGUCACUGAGAGAGUAUAUAGAUUAGUAUAAAACGAUCUGAAUCUCAAAGAAGCAGUGUUAUCACUUUUCCAUCGACAAAAUAUCUUGAUUUUCUCUGGAUCUAAACGACAAUGGAGGUGUUCUACUACGUGGUGUUCGGGGUCCUAGGCAUGGUGGUGGCGGCCUUGGAGCUAAGCAAGAACAAUAAGGAUCGGAUCAACACUUCUUCAGCUUUCACUUCUUUCAAGAACAAUUAUCUCGUUGUUUACUCGCUCAUGAUGGCGGGUGACUGGUUGCAGGGGCCAUAUGUGUACUAUCUUUACAGUACUUAUGGGUUCAGCAAAGGGGACAUUGGUCAGCUUUUCAUUGCUGGUUUUGGUUCCUCUAUGCUCUUCGGUACCAUCGUUGGAUCUCUUGCCGACAAGCAGGGUCGUAAGAGGGCGUGUGUUACUUACUGUAUUACCUACAUAUUGAGCUGUAUCACCAAGCAUUCUCCUCAAUACAAGGUUUUGAUGGUUGGCCGUGUGUUGGGAGGCAUUGCUACUUCCCUUCUCUUUUCAUCUUUUGAAUCUUGGCUAGUUGCUGAGCACAAUAAGAGGGGCUUUGAGCAGCAAUGGCUGUCUAUAACUUUCUCAAAGGCUGUGUUUUUUGGAAAUGGUCUUGUUGCAAUCAUCGCUGGAUUGUUUGGGAACUUGCUAGUGCAUUCUUUCUCUCUUGGACCUGUUGCUCCAUUUGACGCCGCUGCUUGCUUUCUUGCCAUUGGAAUGGCUGUCAUUUUAUCUUCCUGGUCAGAAAACUAUGGAGAUCCUUCUGAUAACAAGGACUUGAUUACUCAGUUUAGAGGCGCUGCAGUCGCCAUUGCAUCUGAUGAAAAGAUUGCACUGUUGGGUGCCAUCCAGUCGCUCUUCGAGGGAUCUAUGUAUACUUUUGUGUUCCUGUGGACUCCUGCUCUAAGCCCCAACGAUGAGGAGAUUCCCCAUGGUUUCAUUUUUGCAACGUUUAUGCUCGCUUCUAUGCUCGGUAGUUCCCUUGCUUCUCGUCUAUUGUCUCGUUCAUCUCCCAAAGUAGAGAGCUACAUGCAGAUCGUCUUCCUAGUCUCUGCAGCCUCACUAUUGCUUCCAAUUAUAAUGGCUGUAAGUGUCUUAAAAGAAGUUCUUCUUUGCUUCUUGUUAUAUACUGUGACUCAUUGUUUGCAAUUGUAUGUGUGUGACUCA